AUGGGCUCGAUCAACGGGUCGGACGCUUUUGCCCCCCGCUACAUUGCGCAGUCGUACAACCAUGCGGACUCACACGCCUCUGCCCUGCGGCUCAUUCUCACGCUGAACCCUCACUGGGAGGGACCAGAGAACAAGGUCGAGUUCGUACGGUUCACAGACGGAAUAACCAACACUCUGUUUAAAGCUAUAAACCGCAAGUCCGGUUUGACAGAGGAGGAAAUAGACAAGGAUGCAGUACUGAUGAGAGCGUACGGUAAUCAUACAGAGAUCCUCAUAGACCGCGAAAGAGAAACAAACUCGCACGCGCUCCUCGCUAGAUUCGGCUUAGCCCCUCCACUCCUGGCUCGGUUUAAGAAUGGGCUUCUGUACCGGUUUAUUCGCGGCCGCCCGGCCACCCACGAGGAUCUGGUUACCGAGAGCGUCUGGCGUGGUGUUGCGCGGAGACUGGGGCAGUGGCAUGCCGUUUUGCCCAUUAGCGCGGCCAGCCCAAUGCCAAAAUCCGGGAAAGGGACUUCGCUCUUAGACUCUGUAGAAGUGGCCGCGGAUGGCCUGCCUGUGAAGACGGACGACCUGAAGGUCAUUCAGCCUCGACGGCCCGGGCCAAGUCUGUGGGCUGUACUACAAAAGUGGAUUCUUGCAUUGCCUACUACUACUGAGGCGCAGAAGCAAAGACGCCGGAGCCUGCAGACCGAGCUGGAGCGCGUUGUACGUGAGUUCGAUAACGGUGAAGGACUAGGAGAGGAUGGCCUGGUAUUUGCGCACUGCGACCUGUUGUCCGCCAAUGUCAUCAUUCUCCCAUCCGAAGGACGUCCCGAGGAUGAGAAGGAAGUCAACUUUAUCGACUACGAGUACGCCACGCCAUCACCGGCCGCCUUUGACAUCGCGAACCACUUUGCCGAAUGGGGCGGUUUCGACUGCGACUACAACAUGAUGCCGACGCGAUCUGUCCGCCGGGGGUUCUUGACUGAGUAUGUGCGCAGCUAUGCGGAGCGUCGGGGCAUCCCACAAUCAUUACAACCAGAGAUCGUGGACCAGCUAUGCGAGGAUGUAGACCGCUUCAGAGGACUGCCUGGAUUAUAUUGGGGCAUUUGGGCGUUGAUCCAAGCGCAAAUCUCACAGAUCGACUUCGACUACGCUUCAUACGCCGAGACACGACUAGGCGAGUACUAUGCAUGGCGAGCUGAGACGGACGGAAUGGAAGGAAAAGAGAAACCCUUGCGUGAGCGACGAUGGGCAGAAGCGUGA